UCCUUGAAAGCAUGCAAUAUGGCUACGGCAGGAGUUCGAUUGGAUAAGAUGGAAGAAAAUGGCAUGCGAAGUGUUAUUAAAUUUUAGUGAAAUGUUUACUUGCUCCGGUUGUGUAGAAUGGGAGGCUGCAUAGGUAUAACGAGGGCAAGAAAUGCCUCAAUCAAUGAUACAUCGGAAAAUUCGAGCAGAACUAAUUCGGGGAAUACAAGAAAAAAUCAUCUUCUAUGUCACGAGGUAAUCAGAUGGAAAUCGGAUGUACCUCUGACCGAGGGUCAGCUGAGAAGUAAGCGAGAUGAGUUUUGGGACACUGCACCGGCGUUUGAUGGCCGUAAAGAGAUUUGGGAUGCAUUGAGGGCAGGCGCAACUGCGGCGGAAGCGCAGGAUUAUCAGUUGGCACAGGCCAUAUUAGACGGGGCUAAUAUUUCUGUACCAAAUGGUUUCUUAACUGAAUGUUACGAUGAGUUAGGAACUCGUUAUCAAGUACCUAUUUAUUGUUUAUCCUACCCAAUUAAUAUCGUAAAAGAAGACAGUGGGAGAGACUCACCUGCUGAUUGCUCAGAACCAGUCGAUGAAGGAACAGAACAAACUUUAAAACUUAGACUAUCGACUACUUUAGGAGAAGUUAAACUACCUGUUUACAGCAAUGACACUAUUGCUAUCGCUAAGAAAAAAUUACAGAGUCAAGAAGGUUUAGAACCCUCACGUCAAAGGUGGUUCUUUGGUGGUAAAUUGCUUGGUGAUAAAAUGCAUAUAGAAGAAGCAAAGGUACAACCAGGUUACAUAAUACAAGUAAUUGUAAAUCCAGAGAAAUCAGAUAACCUAUCUGGCAAGACUAGUUGAACUGCAUAAGGACAUAACAAAGUAUGUUUCAAUCAAUAAUAAGCAUACUUUUACGCUUGUUAACAAAUCUUGUUAAUCAUAUAUCAAAGUAACACGGUUUAUUAUGGUUUUUAGUAUUUUGUCACAUAAUCAUCAUGAGUGAUAAAUCAUUUUAGGAUAAAUUGGACCCAACAAAAUUUUCUGUUACAAAUUUUCGCCAUAAAAUCGCGAAUUAAGUGCAA